CUGGUCGUUUUAUUUCUGUGUUUCCGUCUCCAUUCCGCUGCAUCAUAUCCAAACAGAAGGAUCUCUUUCGCUCUCGAACCAACUGUAAGCUGAAUAGCAACGAAUUCUGAAGGAUAAGAGAUUGAUAGCAGGAAGUUGAAAGAGAGAAGAUAAAGAUGAGCUUGAACUUCAUGCCUAGUCAGCGACUGGGCGGAAAGCACUCUGCAUGCAUCUGAAGAAAUCAGAGGAUCAGAUCGGCGAGGAAAGCUUUGGGUUCUCCGCCGAUUUCAAUCCUCCUCCUCUCCUGCAGAUUCAUAUCUCAAAACCUAGCUCUGAUUAUGGCUUCCCCUUUCAAUCCUCGCAUAUCUCCUGUGUCCAGGGCCUCCCUCCAGCCUCCACGCCGCACAAGCGUCCUGUCAUGAACCAUGCAGUCGCCGCCGCGGCCAGAGUCGUUGCUCACUGCCGCCCCAUAUCAUCCGUCCGUUUACCGAUCUCAUCUCCUCGCUGCGUCUUAUUCCGCAUCCGAUUAUGCUCUGCGACCCGUUCCGCCCUCCGUCACCUUCUUCGCCGUCUUCGCUUCCGUUUACGCCUUGUUUUUCUUCUCUCAUUUCCCUCUUUCUACUUCCUCCUUGUCACCUUCUCCUUUUCAUCACCCUCUCAUUCCUCCUCUUCUUCAGGGCGUUCUUUCCUUCUAGACUUCUUCUCUGCCGUCGCCUUCUCUUCUGCGAUCCUCUUUCUCCUUUUUCUCUCUCUCAAUCUCUUCUCGCUUUCCUCCCUCCGCCUUCUACUCUCCCGCUCUUACUCCCUGCUCCCUCGUUACCACCGUAUUUCCCCCCGUCCGGUGCAAUGGUUCAUUGGGUCCUCAAUGGAAAAACCCCAAUCGAACUUAAGUACUGCUUCUGGGUUAUCCGUCCAGAUCUACAGUAACGGCGAUGUCUUUGAGGGGGAGUUUCACAAGGGGAAAUGCUCUGGUAGCGGGGUUUACUAUUACUCCAUGAGUGGGCGCUAUGAGGGGGAUUGGGUGGAUAACAAGUAUGAUGGUUAUGGAAUUGAAACCUGGGCGAGGGGGAGCCGUUACAGGGGACAAUAUAGGCAGGGUUUACGACAUGGGUUUGGUGUGUAUCAGUUUUACACUAGAGAUGUGUAUACUGGGGAAUGGUCGAAUGGACAGAGCCAUGGAUUUGGAUUGUAUGCUUGUGGAGAUGGGACCAGAUAUGUUGGAGGUUUCAAGUGUGGCGUUAAGCAUGGCCUUGGGCACUAUCAUUUCAGGAAUGGAGACUCCUAUGCUGGAGAAUAUUUUGCAGACAAAAUGCAUGGAUUUGGGGUUUAUCGUUUCGCAAAUGGACACCGAUAUGAGGGGGCAUGGCACGAAGGACGAAGACAGGGCUUGGGCAUGUACAUUUUCAGGAAUGGUGAGACCCAGGCAGGUCACUGGCAAAAUGGUACUCUUGACAUCUUGAGUACUCAAAACUUGCUUCAUGGUUCCCAAGUUGCAGCGAACCAUUCCAAAGUUCGUAAUGCUGUUCAGGAAGCACAGCGGGCAGCAGAGAGAGCAAUUGAUCUCCCCAGUUUUGAUGAUAUGGCCAAUAAGACCAUUGCAGCAGCAAACAAAGCAGCUAGUGCAGCUAGAGUGGCUGCUGUAAAAGCUGUUCAAAAGCAAAUUCCCAGUAAUGGAGCUCCACCAACCGGAGCCUUAUUCUGGGCAGUGUUUCUUUUACUACUACCGAGCAAUAAGCAUUCAGCCUGAAGACAGUUUGCAGUGCAUCAGAUUAUAUAUUGUUUCCUUGUGCUGCAAAACCAAGUUUGGCAUACCGAUGACGAUGAAUGAGAUGGUGCAUAAGCCCGUCCUAUUUUUUCUUUCCUAUUACAUAAUGUGUAAAUAAAUAUCUUGCAUUUCACGAGAAUGAUGUUUCUUUUUCACGUAGGUCAUGUAGAACUCGAACAAACUUAGUUCUGUAAUUGAGUUAUUGUUGUUGAAGAACAAACGUCUUGACUAGCUUUUAUUCAUACCAACGACAUGCCAUUAUAAUUCUUCA